CGUCAGAGUCCUCUCUUCUUUUUUGCUGGGUCAUACAAACGUUGCUUGGCGGGUUCUCGCGAGCAAUCUCUGCUUUCUACACCCGCUUGACCCGACGCUGUCCAAACACUUCUUUCUACCACCCCUUCCCCCCCCGGUCGCGAUUGACGUGAACUCUUUCUGCAUCUGGUCACGAUGCCGUACGACCUCAAGAAUCGGAACGUCCUGGUCACGGCUGGAUCUAGAGGGCUUGGUGCCUUGAUAUGUGAAAAAUUUGCCGCAAAAGGCUGUAAUAUCGCCAUCAACUAUUACUCCCGACCAAAGCCGGCUCAGGAGCUCUCGGAGAAAAUCAAGAAGGAGUACGGAGUCAAGACGAUCGUUAUCAAAGGUGACGGUGGCGUUUUGAGUGAUUGCAAAAAUAUGGUCCGCGAGACUAUCAGAGAAUUUGAUGGACUCGACAUUAUUGUUGGAAACGCGGGCUACACCAAAUUUUCCAACUUUGGUGAUCUGGAUGCUUUGGGUGAAGAUGACUGGGACAGAGCAUGGCACACAAAUGUGACUGGACAGAUGUGGCUUCUCCGCGAAGCUCUUCCCACAUUUAAUGAAAAUCCUGAAGGCGGAGUCUUCCUGAUAACAUCCUCCGUGGCUGGUACAUCUCUGUCUGGAUCGUCAAUGGCGUACUCGGUGACGAAAUCAGCGCAACUGCAUCUCAUGCGUUGUCUCGCAAAUACGCAGGGCUCGAAAGUUAGAAUUAAUGCAAUUCUCCCCGGUCUUCUUUUGACGGAAUGGGGACUCAAAUACCCCCCGAGCAUGAUCGAAUUCGUCAAAGACAAGGCCGCUCUGAAGCACGAGACGUAUCUAGAUGACUGUGCAAACAUGUAUGUUUCAAUUGCCGAAAACACGUCCAUGACUGGGCAACGAAUUGCCGUCGAUGCGGGUCUGAAUAUUGCGUCGUUGUGAGAAAAGUCGCGAUCUGGGUGAGAUGAUAUCUGACUUGCACUUCCGGAGAGAUCGAAAUUUGCACAUGGUGGAGGGGGCCAUAUUUGCUGGACGAUCGCCGGGUUAAAGACAUAAGCAGCAGUAUGCCUGCCACGUUCCACGUUUCGUUUUGGGGCUACAUCUGCAUCAGCAGCAGUCGAAGGGCUACCUUCAGAAUCACUGUAGUUCCUGAUAGAAGAAAUGUUUAGUGGAUCGGACGUGCU